ACAUUUGUCAAAGUCAGCAUAAAAAAUCGCUAACCUGCUCAUUGAGCAGUUCGAUUUUUUAUUUAAAUGAAAUUAAAUCUCGUUUAUUGAUGCACAAUAAACAGUCAGCUUUCUAAUGUAAAACAUAUUAUUAGCGAUAUAAUUUAUUGUGCAGUAAAUUACGUUUCAGUAGCUUGUAAGCGCCGGGAACUAGUGAUCAUGGCGAAUCCGUCAUCAGGCGUUGUUGUGCCGAGAAAUUUUCGUCUUCUAGAAGAACUUGAGCAAGGUCAGAAGGGAGUGGGCGAUGGCACAAUAUCUUGGGGUCUCGAGAGCGAUGACGAUAUGACCUUGACUCACUGGACUGGGAUGAUAAUUGGGCCACCUAGGACUCCAUAUGAAAAUAGAAUGUAUUCACUUAAAAUUGAAUGUGGAACUAGAUAUCCUGAUGAGCCACCUACAGCGCGAUUUAUGUCUAGAAUCAACAUGAAUUGUGUCAACAGUCAGACUGGACUUGUUGAUAAUAGACAAGUUCCAAUUCUUGCUAGAUGGCAGCGUGAUUAUACAAUCAAGACUGUUCUACAAGAGCUGAGACGUCUCAUGACACUGAAGGAAAAUAUGAAGCUUUCACAGCCACCAGAGGGAAGCACUUUUUAAAGUUUCCUUUUAAUUACUGAGCAACCCAAUCUACUGUAUACUCUGCUGUGUACCUUUGUAAUUUAUCCUAAACUCUAUUUCUUCAAUUUUAAAAAAUUAUUAUUGAUCUUUAUUCAUAAUUAGCAUAAGUUAAUUUUACUCAUUUUUUUUCUUCAAGUUUAGUGUCAUAACUUCCAUGUUGCAUUUAAUGGGUUAAUGUAUUAUACUAUUAAUAUAUAUAAAUAUAUAUUGAUGUUAGUAGAUUGGGUAAAUAUUAUGUAACUCUUAAGAACACUAUAAUAAGCUCUACAAUUGCUGUAGAGUAACACCCAUUUAUGUCUUACAUUACCUAAAUUAUUGUGGCCUUUGAAAAGUCAAACUUGCUUUUUGUAUAAUUAAGAGUUAGUUUUAUCUUUGUUCUUGAUUUCAAAUGCCUGUACUUAUAACAAGAUUCAUAUUCAGUGCAUUCACAAACACUGUUACAUCAACUAUGUUUUAUAUGAUAGGCAUAAAAUUUUCAUUUUCUACUUCAUGUAAAAUUAAGGGUUAUUGAAUAUUUAAAAAUCACUGUAAAAUAUUUUAGGAAAUUUUUAUUCUUUAGACACAUAAGGUAAGAGUACUAUUGAUUAAACAAAGGGCUUCGCAUUAGAAUCUGUGUUUUCAAAUAUAAAUGUGCAAAUGAUGCAGUGGUCAAUAUGAUUGCAUUUAGCACUAAGCUUGUCAAGAUGUGGUAGUUCCCAAGUUCCCUCUGCAUGGAUUUACUGUUAAAACCAAAUGCUAAGUCAAAUUGUUUCAUAGCCUUAAUAUUUUUACCAAUGUAUAACUAGCAAAGGUAAAUAAAUCAAAUAAUACUGUCAC